UUCCUUUCGCGCCGGGUAACCGGAGAGCUGUGCGUCCAUGUGCGCAGUGACUGGGAACUGAUAGACCUCUGAAAUAUUAAAAAAAUCCGAGCCGCAAACAGUUUUCGUGAUGGAUCCAGAGUCUUUGGUCGAGGCCCUUCGGGGUACUAUGGACCCCAACCUGCGGGAGGCCGCGGAGCGACAGCUGAACGAGGGUCACACCCAGGUAAACUUUGUGUCCACUCUGCUGCGCGUCACCAUGUCUGAUCAGCUGGAUUUGCCAGUCAGGCAAGCAGGUGUGAUUUACCUUAAGAACAUGAUAACCCAGCACUGGAGCGAUGGAGACGUUUCGGGCACAGAGACGCCUGUUAACAACAUCCCCGAGGAGGACAGGCAGUUCAUCCGAGACAACAUAGUGGAGGCCAUCAUCCACUCCCCCGAGCGCAUCAGGGUUCAGCUGACAACAUGCAUCCACCACAUGAUCAAGCACGACUACCCUGGCAAGUGGACGACCAUCGUGGACAAGAUUGGCUUCUAUCUGCAGUCAGACAACAGCAGAGCGUGGCUGGGGAUCUUGCUCUGCCUUUACCAGCUCGUCAAAAACUACGAAUACAAAAAGCCAGAAGAGCGUCAGCCUCUCGUGGCCGCCAUGCACAUCUUCAUGCCUAUGCUGAAGGAGCGCUUCAUCCAGCUCCUCCCGGACUCCUCCAGCGAGUCUGUGCUCAUACAGAAACAGAUUUUCAAAAUCCUCUACGCCCUCUUCCAGUACAACCUUCCAUUGGAACUCAUCAACAGACAGAACCUGACAGAGUGGAUGGAGAUCUUGAAGACAGUCGUGGAUAGAGAUGUUCCGCCGAUGAAGAAACUGAAUGAGUUCACGCAAACUGAGACGAUGCAGAUUGAUGAAGAUGAGUGGCCUGAGCUGCCAUGGUGGAAGUGUAAGAAGUGGGCCCUUCACAUCCUGGCUCGGCUGUUCGAGAGGUAUGGAAGCCCCGGCAACACAACCAAAGAGUACGCCGAGUUUGCUGAACUUUUCCUAAAGGAAUAUGCAGUUCCAGCGCAGCAGGUGCUGCUGAAAGUCUUAUAUCAGUAUAAGGAGAAGCAAUAUGUGGCUCCAAGGGUACUCCAGCAGACACUCAACUACAUCAACCAGGGCAUCGCACACGCCUUGACAUGGAAGAACCUCAAACCACACAUUCAGGGCAUCAUUCAGGAUGUGGUGUUUCCCCUCAUGUGCUACACAGACAGUGACGACGACCUGUGGCGGGAAGAUCCCUACGAGUACAUCCGCAUGAAGUUUGAUGUGUUCGAGGACUUCAUCUCGCCUACAACCGCAGCGCAAACGCUUCUAUUCACUGCCUGCAACAAAAGGAAAGAGGUGCUGCAAAAGUCGAUGGGCUUCUGCUACCAGAUCCUAACCGAUCCCGCCUCCGACCCAAGGAAAAAAGAUGGCGCCCUGCACAUGAUUGGCUCUCUGGCAGAAAUCCUGCUGAAGAAAAAGAUAUACAAGGACCAGAUGGAGUACAUGCUGCAGAAUCACGUCUUCCCCCUGUUUUGCAGCGAUCUGGGCUACAUGAGGGCCAGGGCCUGCUGGGUGCUGCAUUACUUCUGCGAGGUGAAGUUCAAAAGUGACCAGAACCUGCAGACGGCCCUCGAGCUGACCCGCCUCUGCCUCAUCAAUGACAACGAGAUGCCGGUCAAGGUGGAGGCCGCCAUCGCCCUGCAGGUGCUCAUCAGCAACCAGGAGAAAGCCAAAGAGUACAUCACUCCCUUCAUCCGGCCAGUGAUGCAGGCGCUCCUGCACAUCGUCAGGGAGACGGAGAACGACGACCUGACCAACGUCAUCCAGAAGAUGAUCUGCGAAUACAGCGAGGAGGUCACCCCGAUUGCAGUGGAGAUGACACAGCACCUGGCGAUGACGUUCAACCAGGUGAUUCAGACAGGGCCCGACGAAGAAGGAGGCGAUGACAAAGCUGUGACGGCCAUGGGCAUCCUCAACACCAUCGACACACUGCUAAGUGUGGUGGAGGACCACAAAGAGAUCACAGAGCAGCUGGAGGGCAUCUGUCUGCAGGUGAUCGGCACCGUGCUGCAGCAGCAUGUGCUGGAAUUCUACGAGGAGAUCCUGUCCCUGGCUCACAGCCUGACCUGCCAGCAGGUGUCCAAACAGAUGUGGCAACUUCUUCCACUUGUGUAUGAAGUCUUCCAACAAGAUGGAUUUGACUACUUCACUGAUAUGAUGCCUCUCCUUCACAACUACGUCACAGUUGACACAGAGGCCCUGCUAUCCGACACCAAACACCUUGAGAUUAUUUAUAGCAUGUGCAAGAAGGUCCUGACAGGCGAUCCAGGCGAGGACCCAGAAUGCCAUGCAGCUAAGCUGUUAGAGGUGAUCAUCCUGCAGUGCAAAGGCAUUGAGCAGGUCGUCCCCUUGUUUGUGGCCGCCGCGUUGGAGCGUUUGACACGGGAGGUGAAGACCAGCGAGCUGAGGACGAUGUGCCUGCAGGUGGCCAUUGCCGCACUUUACUGCAACCCCCCCGUCCUCCUCAACACCCUGGAGAAUCUCCGCUUCCCCAACAACACUGAGUCGAUCACGAACCACUUUAUUUCUCAGUGGCUGAAAGACGUGGACUGCUUCCUCGGUCUCCACGACAGGAAGAUGUGCAUUCUGGGACUCUGCGCUCUCAUCGAUCUCAAUCCCAGGCCGGAGGCCGUCAACCACGUGGCCGACAAGCUCGUCCCAGCGGCCAUCCUGCUGUUCAGCGGCCUCAAACGGGCGUACGCCUGCCGAGCGGAGCACGAGAACGACGACGACGAUGACGACGACAAUGGAGAGGAAGACGACGACAACGCUGAGCUGGGCAGCGACGAAGACGACAUCGACGAGGAAGGCCAGGAGUACCUGGAGAUGCUGGCGAAGCACGCCGGAGAAGACGGAGACGACGAAGACUGGGAGGAGGACGACGCCGAGGAGACGGCGCUGGAGGGCUACACUACAGCCGUGGACGACGAAGACAACAUGGUGGACGAGUACCAGAUCUUCAAAGCCGUACUACAGAAUAUCCAGAGCCGCGACCCGGCGUGGUACCAGGCACUAACACAAGCCCUCGACGAGGAGCAGGGCAAACAGCUUCAGGACAUUGCCACACUUGCAGACCAGAGACGGGCAGCACACGAAUCCAAGAUGAUCGAGAAGCACGGCGGCUACAAGUUCACAGCGCCAGUGGUGCCAUCUACUUUCAACUUUGGAGGCACCGCUCCAGGAAUGAAUUGAGUCAUCUUGUUCUACUUUUUAUUACUCUGUGACUGAUUGUAGUGAAGUGAAAAAAGCUUGUGUUGUUCCCUUAAGUAGUGGUUCCAGAACUGGUUCUUCUCAGUCAUUCUUCAAUCUAUCAAAUGGGGAAACUAGUACCAGAAGAUGUGGGAAAGCAACCAAAAUGUAACCAAUGGCUGGGGAAAACAAACCAAGAACUUGAGCACGAUGCGGGAGAAGAAGAGAAGAAGAAGCUCUGAACAACGCUGUCUCCUGGAGUCCGGCGUGGGAGAGACACCAUGACAGCAACUCUUUUGUUUUUUUCCCACUUAAACAAAAAUUUUGGGGGAUGAACAGAAUCGAUAAUGGGACUAAAUAUUUUCAUUAUCGCUGUUGUGGCCAAAUGGCCGUAAUAAGAUUAUACCUCUGGUAGUGAUCAAAUGUAAUUUUGUGCAUAAACAAACACUCAUGUUUAUGUACAUACAAGCCAAGGUUAUUGGUUUUUCAAGUAGCCUUGAGAAAUAACCGGAGGCAUUUGUAAGGUAUCAACAGCUGUAUUCAUAUGUAGCAUAUUGGAUAAUACAUAGCACUAUGUGAUGCCUGAUCUCUGUAAAUUAAUGACUAGCACUUUCAUAUUGUUCAGGUCUCCUAGCCUUCUGUAUCAGACUGCAAAUUUUUUAAAUUGAAAACUAUUUAAAAAAAAAAAAAAGGAAAACAGCUGUAACUUUUGUUACUUUGCAAGUGACUUCUGUAACGGCUGGUCGGCAUGCUUCAUGUUACAGAGCGGAUCAGCGGGCAACUUGGAAACAUCGACAUGUUUAUUUUUUUGUUGUUUUUUUUUUUUUUGUUUUUUGUUUUUUCUUUCCAGGAAAAGAGAAUGCUCUUGGUGUUCAGUACGGCUACAGGACAAGUGUUUAUGAGCACUGGAAGUGCAGUUGGAUACAUCAUUGAAGCAUGUACAAUUGGACUUUUAUCGUGAAGGUCUCAAGCUUUUGGUUGGUGUAUGGAUGAACCAUCUAUAUAUACAACAUAUUAAAACAAAAGGAAAAAAAAAAGCGAAGGGAGUUCAUGACCAUGAGUGUUUUUAUUGAACAGACACAUUUGUGUCGAAGACACUGGUAAACGAGUGGAGUACUCGUCUCGUCUUUGAGUUGGCUAUAACUUGGUCUCAGCAAUAUAAAAUGUGAAAUAGAAAAAUAUAACAUUAACCCCACGAGAAGGUCGACCGACUUGUACUGAUGGAACGGAAAGAACACGGCGUCGACUCAGCAGUUGCCUUCUGAAGUGUGUCGUUGCCUCAUUUUACUCGACAUAAUGCAGUUUCUGCAUGGUGAACUCAUUCCUGUAAAAAUCUGUAAAGGUUUAUGUGUAAUUAAACUAGA